AUGGGGAAGACAAAAAUAAAACGCGGGCGUAGCCAUAGUUCGUCGUCGAGCAGUUCCGGUCGUUCCGGACGCAAAAAAGGGAGGGAUUGUGCAAAUUCCAAAACCCUAAUUGAAAGAUUAGCACGUGUAGAGGCCGAGCUGGCAAGGCGAUCGUCCUCGUCGAGAUCUCGUUCUAGACCUAGAUUUCGACGUACACGUUCACCUCGCUCCGACGACCGAGGGCAUAGGCGCAGCCAUGUUAAACGCAGCCGUAGCCCAGCAGUACACCACCAUCGUAGUCAGCAACGCAGCGACAGGAAGGUCGUAGCCGGGCCGUCGCGUCGAUCUUCAAGAGACAUUCGCUCUCGCUCUCGCUCUAACGCGAAGCGACCCCAAUGGUCCAAUACGGUCGAGAGUCGCGUGCAGCGUCCUCAACAACCGACUAAAGACCGCGAUGCGGUGUUGCCACGUCCUCUUGCAGAUGACCGCUUGGCUGAAAAUGAUCUGAGUAGUGUAUGCAACACUACGGCUAAUUCUGACGUCUGCAGCGUCUGUAGCGUCUCAGAAGUUAUUGAUGAUAACUCUAAUGAUAAUCAAGAUGUCCUUGAGGUUCACAAUGAUGUCAGUCUACCAGACGAUGUCCUUGAGUUGCUGGGUGAUGAUCCAGAAAAUAAGCUGGAUAACAGUUUUUCGCUGCACGAAUCACUUGUUUCCAGAUGGAAUGCGCUUUUGAGGGACGGUUUAAAAAAAGAAGACUGUGCAAGCCGUCUUAAUAAAUAUGAGAUACCUUCUAAUUUAAAUAGUUUAACUCCUCCAAAGUUAAACCCUGAAGUGAAGGCAGCACUUUUAAAGUCCAACCUUGUCACAGAUUCUUCAUACUCGGAAGAACAGAACCAACUUAGCAAGGGUAUAUGUGCCUUAGGAAAAGGUAUCUCAAGCAUCCUUGGUAAUGUCAAGAACUUACCCGAGGACCUUAAAGGCGAUCUGUUGUCGAGCUUACUCGACUCGGGGAGGAUCCUGACAAAUUUAUUUCAUCGUGUUACAGUGACACGAAAAAAUUUAAUUAUUCCGCACUUGAAAAAUAUGAAACAGCUGGCGGAUAAAUCCACUGAUUCUGAAUAUCUGUUCGGAACAGAUUUAUCAGAAAAAUUAAAAUCUUUCAAGAACAUUGAGACGGUAAGUAAGGAACUUAAGCUCACUUCAAAUGCGGGAAAAAAUACCCCUUUUUACCGAAAAUAA